UGUAUUUGCAUGUUGUGUGUGUGUGUGUGUGUGUAUAAUUGUGAUAGUACUUAAGGUCAGUUAAUCUAGAAUAAACUAUUUGUAGUUUUUUCUGCAACAGUUGGUGUCCUGUGCCUGUGCAGAAGUGGUGGUUAUUAUUGUAUGUCUGUGUGUGUGUUUGUGUGUGUGUGUGAUCCAACAUCUUGCACACACCCAUGUCGAAUUCUAAUGGUCCGUUCAAUGCAUUUCAUUUGAUGAGAUGCUAAUUCAUUUCUAGUUAAAGAGCGGAAUAUUAUGGUGGCAAAUGUUAUCCGAAUAAACAAGUUGGUGUUUUUAUUUCUUGGGUUUAUUGGUGUUGUUAUUGUCUACUUCUUAAUCAAUUUAAAUCCAGUAGACAUGAGUUCAGAACACACGUCUAGCAAGCUUCACAAAAGAGUUACAUGGCACAACCAGGCCUUCGUUAAUGUCCCGUCAGAAGUUGUUGAGGCAGCGAAAUCCAUAAAUGUAAAUUCUGAAGUGAUUGAAAUGGUAUACCAGUCUGAGAACAUUGUCAUAUCCACAAGGGAGGCAGUUCCAAAGAAGUUGCCAACAAUGGAGGUUCUCUUGUUGCAUGGUGCUGCAUUCAGUUCACAGAACUGGCAGGACAUUGGCACACUUCAGUUCCUUGCUGCAGCUGGCUACCAGGCAGUUGCAAUCGAUCUUCCAGGUAAAGGCAAAAGUACAAAGAUUUCAGUCACUGAUGGCGGUGAUUUCCUUGACAAAGUAAUUGAUUUGCUGGAUAUGAACAACCCUGUUAUCAUCAGCCCUUCCAUGAGUGGCAUGUACUCCUUACCAUUUUUGAUGGAUUCCGCUGGCAAACGGUUGAAAAGUUCAAUUGGCUAUGUUCCAAUUGCUCCAGUGUUCACAGAAAAGUAUACCAAAAUGGAGUAUUCAAAGUUAAAGAUCCCAACAAUGAUCGUGUGUGGUUCCCUUGAUGUGUCUUUGGGACCUGUGUCUACCAAGAAUUUGAAGCAGUUACCGAAUAGUGAAGUUUUCAUUCUGGAAGGAGCAGGGCAUCCUGCAUAUCUAACUCACACUGAUGCUUUUCAUAGAUUACUCUAUAAUUUCCUCCUGUCUAUAGCAUCAUCACAGAACUAAGAGACUGGUGAAAGAUAAUUAUUUUAAUAAACAAAAAGAGAAACAAAGUAAAAAAAAAAUUUUUUUUUUAAAU